AUGGGUCAACAAGCCCCGUCCGGCAAAUACGAAUAUUCGUAUGUCGACCACCCUCUGGCCCACGACGAUGGUGGUCCUGCCAGUUGUGCUCACUCUCCGACGUCAUCUGUCAACGCAACGAGCUGCAACGAUAGCCGGUCUGUUUUUGGAAAUCUAAACGGCCACGCCAGCCUGAACGUUCAAGCUGAAAGUAUCACUACACCACUUGACAAGUGCAUCGCAUCAGACAAGCAUUCAGCUAGCAACGUCACACCGGAAUCUCUGGCCGAAGAUUUGGAAAACUUUCACCUGAACAAUUCCAGAAGAAUUGCCAAUCGUUCUGUGGAGAAGUGCCUUCUGUCGGACAAGGAUAUUACAAACCCAGGAGACUUGUGCCAGCAUCGAUCAGAAGCAACGCUCGUUAAGAAUCUAGACUUUCAACAGGCAAUAGAAAAGCACGAAGUCAGGGAGUUCGAGUGGGUGCUAUCACUGCCCUGCAACGACGUAGGCCUAGCUAAAGGCCCCGACGACAAGAAGCCUAACCGAAGCUGCUCCGUUCCCGGUGCGGCAGACAGCGGCAGCGAAGAUCGACAGAUUCGUUUCGGCUGCAACCUGCUGCAGAAUAGAGCGCGAGCCGGCAGCGACCUGGCAGGACAGCACCGCACGAUCAACACAUACACGCUCGUGGCUACACCUCUGGGAGACGAGGUGCUGAGAGGCGAUCAGACAGGCUCAUCGCAGUCGCAGACGGUAUCAGUGAGCCAGACGGCAUCGGCAGGAGAAGCAAUCCCGAUGGUGGAUACAUUUUUGACCCCUGAGCGUACGGCGCCAGCGGGGGUUCGUGCAGGCAGAAGCCGGUCCCAAGUCACGCCGCUGAUGCUGGGUGAUGGAUUUGAGGCCGGUUCUGCAGACCGGUCCCGUUCGGCCACACGGUCGCCAGCCAGCUCAGUGUCGCGCAUCGAAGACACGAUCGAAGAGCUGGACCGUCUUGAGGACGAGUUUGAGGCUGUGCAUAGCCUAGUGCGGGUCGAGCACGUCCCGUCGCCGGAGAAGCCGGACGAUGACAAGGCGGCUCGUGUGGCAGCAGUGGGCAGAAGUGGCAGUACGAGAAAGGUUGUGGUUGCGAAAGCGGGCGGAGUACGGGCGGAGCUGAAGGCGACGGCAGGGAUGACGCGGACGUCAUCGACCCGCAAGCCGGGGGUGGCACCGAGCCAGGCAAAGAAGCAAGGCGGCCCAGCCGAGACCGGGACGGGACCAGGAAGUGGCAUCAAGCGGAUGAGCAUAACGCGGCCGGCCAGUCUGCUGCCGCCGAAGCCGCCGAUGAAGUCCAGCAAGCCGCCGACGGUAUCGACAUUUGAGCUACCGGGCGAGGCGGUGGCGCGGCGGCUCAAGGAGCAGCGCGAGAAGCGUAUGUCGGCGGCGCUGUCGGGGAACGGGAUUGUCGCACCAACAGCGACGCCGGUGCAGACACCACGACGAAGACGCUCGGUCAAGCCGCCGACGAUCCCAGCAUUUGAGCUCCCGGGCGAGGCGAUCUCUCGUCGCAAGCGGGAGGAGCACGAAGCGAAGAUCAGGCGGCAAGAAGAGGAGGAGAAGAAGCGACGGGAGUUCAAAGCGCGGCCGAUGCGCAUGAGCACGACGCCGAGCUCACAGCCACGCGAGACGGUGGCCAGCCGAGCACGAACAAAUAGGAUGUCGAUGAUCGGAGAGAGCGGAUCUGCGGGUGGGGGGCUUAGUGUGGGCGGAUCGAAGCGGCUCUCGGUGUCGACAGCAUCGCCGGGGCGGUCGAUGCAGCAAGCAACGGGUCGCGGGCGAGUGUCCAACGUGGAGACUCAGUCGGUGGAGUCGCGUGCCAGCCGGGCGACAUCGUCGUCGACGUGCAGCAUGAGCGGGAAGCGAAGCUCGGUGUCGGCGGAAGAGGUGCAGCAGCAGAAGCUUCGGGGCAAGGACAUCUACCACCGAGACAACUACCUUUCGGUGGACCGGGACCAGGAGAAGCGAGAGCGCGAGGCGAUAGCGAAACAGGCGCGGCAAGAGGCAGCAGAGCGGUCGAGGAUUCUCAGCCGGGAGUGGGCAGAGAAGCAGAAGCAGCGUGCGAAGAAGCUGAUGACGAUUGGAUCGUCGGUCAACAAGCAUCAAGACGUGACAAUGGUGCGACACAAGAACACAAAGGAGAUGAGGUCGUCGUCGUCGGUGUCGAUGUUGUCGUCGUCCAGGUUGUCGUCGUCGUCGUCGACUCGGUUACGGCCACGCGUGCGACUGCCGCAAGGAACAUAUGAGGGCCUCGUGCUGACGGUGGGCCAAGGGGUGGCGGAGGGCGUCAGAGGGGGCAGCGGGGGCCACGAAGCACAGGCUCAGCUGCCGCGACCGGUGGAGGCCUUUCUGGGGAUUCCGUAUGCGCAGACGACGGCGGGGCGAAACCGGUUCCGGGCGCCAGUGGCGCUGGCGGUCGACGAAGCCGGCAAAGGUGACGAUGGGCGAGUGCACGACGCGACCUGGUUUGGGGCGCGCUGUGUGGGAGCGGGUGGGCGAAGCGACGUGGCCGAGAGCGAGGACUGUCUGAACGCGAACGUGUAUGUGAGCGAGGGGGCGCGGGGUCGAGGGAGAAGGAAGGAUGAAAUGGAUGGCGAGAAAAAGUACGAAAGCCACGAAAAUCAUCACGACAACAAUCAUCGCGACAACAACCACCACAACCAUCCCCCGCAUCAUCAUCACCACAAUCAUAGUCUCCUUCCGGUGGUGAUCUACGUGCACGGCGGCGCGUUCAACAGCGGCUGUGGUGCCGAGCGCGAUCUGGCCAGCUUUGUCGGCCAUGCGGCCGUCGACCUGGUGGCUGUCAGCUUCAACUACCGCGUCGGCGCGCUCGGCUUUCUCGGCUGGUGGUCCGAGCGGGACGGCGACGGCGACGACAAGGAACCGCACGACGGCGACCACGACGACAACAACGCGCCGCUCAAUCUCGGCCUGCUCGACCAGCAGGCACUCUUUGGCUGGGUACAGGCCAACAUCAGCUUCUUUGGCGGAGACGCGGGAAACGUGACGGUAAUGGGACUCAGCGCAGGGGCACAUUCGAUCGGCCACCACUUGCUUCACUACCCCCCCGGUCGAGCACCCUUCCACAAGGCGAUCCUCGAAUCGGGCGCGCCGACCGCGCGUGCCGUCAUGGCGCCCGACCAUCCUCGGCCACGCGCACAGCUGCGUGCCUUUCUGGUCGAGGCAGCCGUGCUGGACGACGACGUGUUGGUGCCGCCGCCGCGGGCCAUCAUCGACGCGCUGCGCGGGCUGUCAGCAGCAGCAGUGGUGCGGGCCAGCCGAGCGGUCUUUGCGCGCUCGCUCGCCGGCGUGACCUGGCCUUUCCAGCCGGUCGUCGACGGGCUGCUAGGGCCGCCGGCCUGCGCCUCCCCCUACAUCCGUUGCAGUCCGGUCGACGGUUGGCGACAGCGACGAGCCCAGGCUCAUGGACGCGCGUCCAUGCCCGUCCUCACCGGCUUCAACACGCACGAGGGUACCGCCUUUGUGCCGCGUGACGGUGUCCAUGCCGACACGGAUGCCGACUUCCGGGCCUUCUUCGCCAACCUCAUCCCCGGCCUCGACCAGGCCGAUAUGGACCUGCUCUGUCAUCUCUACCCGGACCCGACGGCCGGCCACCACGAGACGGACGCUCGGCGGCUACCACCCGGCAUCACCGGCCGCCAGUGGCCCCGGCUCCAGGCCGCUUACGCUCACUAUGCCUACAUCUGCCCGGUCCUGCAGACGGCCCACCAGCUCUCGCUCGGCGCCGGCCAAGGAUCGUCUGGCUCGGCGCCCGUGUACGUGUACGAGUUCGCAGCCCGCGCAACCGCCCUCGACACGGCCAACCAUGGCGACCAUGCGGCCGUGGUGGCCCAUGAGGAUGCCCUGCUCGCCUACAGGCCCGGGCUGCAGCGCGUGUCCGAGGCCAUGCACGCGGCUUGGGUGCGGUUCAUUGCCAGUCCGGUGGGCGAUCCGAACGUGGAAGACGACAAGGAGGACGAGCACGAGCACGAGCACGAGGAAGACGAGGUCCGGACACAUCGACGCCAAAAACACCAUCACAACCCUCUUCCACACUGGACCCCCUUUGUCUCGCCUCUCGCCGGCAACAGCGCCAAGACCAAGACCAUCAUGGUCUUUGGCCACGGCAACGACGAGCGCGUGCCGUCCGAAUGCCGCCACGGCGGCCCCCAGGCCAAACCAGGCAUCCCGGCCGCCAUGCGUCGCCUCUCGGCCUUUGAGCUCGAGCAGUGCCGCUUCUGGUGGGACCGCGUCCACCUCAGCGAGGGCUACGGCUACCGCUCCGAGACUGCCUUGGCCAGCCGGCUGUAG